UUACUAUUUGUUUCAGUCGUCAGAUGAAAUUUCAUGCAAAAGAGCCAUGCCAAAUUUAUUGAAUGGAGAGAUGGUCAUAGCGCAAGCAGAAAAUGUCCUCAAAUUUAAUAUAAUGAGUGAGUUAAAAACGGGUAUUUCUGGAGAAUUAAUCUGUACUACAUUUAAGUUAAGUUUUGUUACUCCAGAAGAUAUUCCUUUGAAUCAGUACUAUUUGUUUCAGUCGUCAGAUGAAAUUUCAUGCAAAAGAGCCAUGCCAAAUUUAUUGAAUGGAGAGAUGGUCAUAGCGCAAGCAGAAAAUGUCCUCAAAUUUAAUAUAAUGAGUGAGUUAAAAACGGGUAUUUCUGGAGAAUUAAUCUGUACUACAUUUAAGUUAAGUUUUGUUACUCCAGAAGAUAUUCCUUUGAAUCAGCAUCAUCAGAAUAUAUUUUUGGGUGAAAAUGAUAUCUGCUUGAUUAAUAUUGACAGUAUAUUCCAUGUAUCAAAUGGUAGAAAGAAAAAAUUAUUACCAGGAAGUAUCAUUUCCAGUCAGAUAGAAAUAAUUGAAAUUCACUGCAAGGAUUUCCGCAUCUAUACUUUCAGCUUCAAGUUCUCUCCUAGCGGCUUCAAUAAACAGAUUAUCAAUGCUCUUCUUUAUCAUGCCUUCGUUCCAAAAGUGCAAUUAUUAUUUUUAUUUGAUUAUUUAGAACAUGAUAAAAAUGCUACAUCUAGUCCAAUACCAUUUUCACUUCCAAUAGACUGGGAGGCAGAAUUGACUCGUUGUUGUUGUUGUAGUGGUUGGAGAGUAACCCAAGUAAAUGAACGUUACCAAAUGUGUGAGAGUCUUCCAGAAUGUUUUGUGGUACCUGCCAAUCUUUUUGAUGCAGACAUAACUAAAGCUGCACCACAUUUUAUAGGUCACAGAGUUAUGGAUAAACGAGAACUAAUUGGAAUAAAAUGUUUAAUUCAGUUCAAAGUUCUCCUCCCAAGCAUGAUUGAAGCAGUCAGUUCAGCUCAUCCACAUCAGUAUCCUGCUCGUGUGAUUGAUGUUGAGUCAAACUGUCCCUCCAUUAGAGAAAUUCAAAACAGUUAUUUAAAGUUACGUGAAAUAUGUAUGCCAUCAACUCCACACGAAUUUUGGGAACAAGAUUCCCAUUAUCUUAGUGCUCUUGAAUCGUCACGAUGGCUUCAUCAUAUAUCAUCUUGUCUUCAGACAUCUUUACAAAUUGCUAUUACUUUGUGUCAAAAUAAGCAUUCAGUAAUUAUUCAAGAAAGAGAGAAUCGAGAUUUAAAUUGUGUCAUUUCAAGUUUAGUACAGAUUCUUCUAGAUCCUUAUUGUCGCACACAACAAGGUUUCCAACACCUAAUACAAAAAGAAUGGGUGGCUUUGGGCCACCCUUUUAUGGAAAGGUUGCAUCAUAUAAAUACCACUGAAAGUGAAGAGUCACCCGUAUUUCUUCUGUUUUUGGACUGUGUUUGGCAGUUAACACAACAGUGCCCUUCGUCAUUUGAAUUUUCAGAGACAUACCUCACAACAGUUUGGGAUAGUACUCACAUAAGUAUAUUUGAUACCUUCUUGUUCAAUUCACAAAAACAAUUGAAAGAAGCAUAUGCACAAAAUGGAAUAUCUGGAAGUCAUAGUGUGUGGAAUUGGUCACAACAAUUUCUACCACACAAUAUCAUGUUUUUUCGUAAUCCUUUAUACACGCUUAAUUCAUAUCAAAAAAUAACAGUUGCAAUUCCCCCGUUACAGACUAGACCUUGGUCUCUGAAUAGUGCGAGAGAUGCAAGGCGUAAUUCGCAAAAACGACCUUUAAGAAUAUCUUGUCACGAAAUGAAAUCUAAAAUUAGUUAUAUGACUCAAGAAAAUUUAUUAGAAAUUGAUCCUUAUAUUAAAUCAUUGAAAUUAUGGACUCAGUGUUAUUUGAGAUGGAUUCCACUUGCACAAAUUGUUGGUGGUGGCAUGCCUGUUCUUUAUCUUAAUAAUCUGAAAUUAUCAGAAGAGAUAAGGUCUUUGGAAAAUAUUAUAAAGUCACUUACUAGUAGAACGCGUCAGCAACAACUUCUGCACCAGACCCACCGAAGAAUUGCUUCGGACGAUUGUGUCUUUACUACAGAAGUCAAUUCCUGUAAGCUUAGGCAGGAUUCUUUUGUUAUUACAUCUUCGUUCCCAUUUUUGCCUCUUGGGCCGUGGAAUUCACAAAAUCUUCAUGCUGUACCAUCAAGUUCUUGCCUGCAAGUUGUCAGCUUUAGUUCUGAUGAAGAACUUUUAGAUGAGUGAGAAAAAUAAUUUUUUUAAGUUAGUAAUUUUGCAAAUUUUUAUACUUUGUUGAUAUUUUUUGAACUAUUUUUUUUUAAUUGCAAAAAAUAGUUGCAAAUCUAGUUAUUGCUUUUAUAAUGAUGGUUUUAUGUAAAUAGAUUUUAUAAAACUAAUGUCUUCCUACAAUAAAAGAUUAUUUUUCUUUUGCAACAAACCUAAUUUCAGAAACUAUAUUUUUAUUGUUAUACAUUUGAAAGUAAAUAACUUAAAAUUUGUAUAUAUUGUGCAAAUAUAAUUUACUAUUGUAUAAUUAUCUAUAUUUAUGACAAUUUAAUUGAUAUUUAAAAAAAAUUUAUUAAUGAAACUAAAUACUACUUUAAAAGUAUGUUAAUGUAUUAAUUCUGAGUUGUCAUCCACCCCAUACCUCAGAAGUAUGCUAUUGUAUUUGUAAUCGUACGCUCGUAAACAUAAAGACACACGGCGAGUCGUCGCGGUCCAAACCGUGAAUGGUGGAAUUCGAGAACAUUUAGUCCAUUGCAACAAACUUGAAUUUUUAAAGUGUGAUCAUACCAAAUUUGUUAUUGACAUACGAAUGCCAAAUAUUUGAAUUAAUCAAUUUUUACAACACACUAUGUAUCUCAUAUAUUAGAAUAGAUCAGACCAUCAUUCCAAACAAAAGAUUUGCUUAUUUUAAGAUAAAAAUUGUGAGAAACUUCUAUUUUGAAAAGAAAUGUUAUUUUAUAAAAAUCAAAAAUAUACAUAUUUUGCUUGUUUUUGACCAUUAAU